AUGUUUUCUUGCUUGCCAGCUUUCUUUCUGUCAUUCUUACUUUCUUUGUCUUUCUUUCUUUCUUUCUUUCUUUAUUGUCAGCGAUUGUUUUCUUACCCGCCAUCUUUCUUUCUUUCUUUCUUUCUUUCUUUCUUGUCAGCGAUUGUUUUCUUACCCGCCAUCUUUCUUUCUUUCUUUCUUUCUUUCUUUCUUUCUUUCUUUCUUUCUUUCUUUAAUUCCUUCUUUAUUGUCAGCGAUUGUUUUCUUACCCGCCAUCUUUCUUUCUUUCUUUCUUUCUUUCUUUCUUUCUUUCUUUCUUUCUUUCUUUCUUGCCAGCCAUUGUUUUCUUACCCGCCAUCUUUCUUUCUUUCUUUCUUUCUUUCUUUCUUUCUUUCUUUCUUUCUUUAUUCGAUUGUUUUCUUACCCACCAUCUUUCUUUCUUUCUUUCUUUCUUUCUUUCUUUCUUUCUUUCUUUCUUUCUUUCUUUCUUUAUUGUCAGCGAUUGUUUUCUUCCCCGCCAUCCUUUUUUCUUUGUUUCUUUGUUUGUUUGUUUGUUUCUUUCUUUCUUUCUAUAUUGCCAGCAAUUGUUUUCUUACCCACCAUCUUUCUUUCUUUCUUUCUUUCUUUCUUUCUUUCUUUCUUUCUUUCUUUCUUUCUUUCUUUCUUUCUUUCUUUCUUGUCAACGAUUGUUUUCUUACCCGCCAUCUUUCUUUCUUUCUUUCUUUCUUUCUUUCUUUCUUUCUUUCUUUCUUUCUUUCUUUAAUUCCUUCUAUAUUGUCAGCGAUUGUUUUCUUACCCGCCAUCUUUCUUUCUUUCUUUCUUUCUUUCUUUCUUUGUCAUCUAACAUCUACUUCAUUUCAUCAUGCCGUCUUAGAUUGUCUUUCACUCUUCAUUCAUUCCAGUUCUUAUACUUAUCGCUUUUUCUUUCGUGACUUUUGCACAACAAUUGCUUUUCUCAAAACCCUUUGCUUUUCCUUGAGUUUCUCCUUCUUCAUUUUCUGGCAUCCCCCCUCUCACACUUUAUCACCACACCUUUUCUCACUUUGCUCAUCAAAACUUUCUUUUCGCAUAUUUUUGCCAUUUUUUAUUCUUUUGAUAUCGCUUGUUUUUACUUCUUCUGUCUCCUUGAAUCCUGUUCUUUUAUUUUUCUCUACGCCUCUUUUCCUUCCGCUAACCCCUUGUAUCACCUUGCUUCUGGCGAAAUCAUUAAUAUCUAUCUAUUUAUCUAUCUAUCUAUCUAUCUAUCUAUCUAUCUAUCUAUCUAUCUGCAGAAAUUUAUCAUCAUUUUACUUUCUUUUCCUUCAAUUUAUCUAUCCUUCCCUGAUAUUCAGUUUCGUUUAUUUCUUUCAUCUUCACUUUUCUCCUCCCUUCCUUCCUUCCUUCCUUCUUUCAUUCAAUUAUUUUCUUAUUCAUUUAUUCCCUCGUUUACUUAUUUUCUUCCCUGAGCUUCAUUUGUCUGUUUUUCCUUCCUUGGUCAUGAUUUUUCUUUCUAAAUUCUCUUUAUACAUUUUCUUCUUUCGUACCGUCAUUUUCCUUCCUUCUUUCUUUCCUUCCUUCCUUCCUUCUUUCCUUCCUUCCUUCCUUCCUUCUUUCCUUCCUUCCUCCCUUCCUUCCUUCCUUCCUUCCUUCCUUCCUUCCUUCCUUCCUUCCUCCUUCCCUCCCUCCUCCUUCCUUCCUCCCUCCUCCUUCCUUCCUUCCUUCCUUCCUUCCUUCCUUCCUUCCUUCCUCCUCCCUCCCCCUCCUUCCUUCCUUCCUUCACGCCUUUCUUCCUCCCUUCAUUUCUUUCUCCCUUCCUUCCUUCCUUCCUUCCUUCCUUCCUUCCUUCCUUCCUUCCUUCCUUCCUUCACGCCUUUCUUCCUCCUUCAUUUCUUCCUUCCUUCCUUCACGCCUUUCUUCCUCCCUUCAUUUCUUUCUCCUUCCUUCCUUCCUUCCUUCCUUCCUUCCUUCCUUCCUUCCUUCCUUCCUUCCUUCCUUCACGCCUUUCUUCCUCUCUUCAUUUCUUUCUCCCUUCCUUCCUUCCUUCCUUCCUUCCUUCCUUCCUUCCUUCCUUCCUUCCUUCCUUCCUAG